AUGGCCUCCGAAUUUUCUCUGGCGGAGACGCCCAUCGGCAGAUACUUUGCGUCCAUGGCUGAGAUGGGAGUAAUGCGCGUCUUCGUCGAGCACGGCAUCUUCGGUGCCAUUCCAGACGAGGGUAUCUCUCUUGAAGACCUUACAACCAAGCUGAAAGUGGAUUACAAACUCAUCGAACGAUUCGCGGCUUUCCUACUUUCCAUCGGCGUGCUGACAUCCCCAGCACCCGGACACGUGGCCCAUUCACCCUCGUCAAAGGCCUUCACAGACCCGCGUGUCGCGCAAUUCUACUCGUAUCUCUUCGACUUCUUCAUGGGGCCGACGACGCGUUGGACAGCCUAUUUCGCAGAGAAUGGGCUCGCCGAGCCGCCGAGAUCGAAUCGGUCGCCGGGUGGCUUCGCGCUGGGUAUGCCUGACAAGACGGCGUACGAGAUCAUGGCGGCUAUUCCAGGUUUAGCGACGAGGAUGAAUGGCGCGAUGGCGAUUGAUGGCGAUAUCCCUGUCACAGGGGUAUACGAUUUCAGCUGGGUCGCUACGUAUGCUGCAGGUGAUGAGAAGAGGGUGCUUAUUGUUGACGUUGCCGGUGGUAAAGGACAGGCGUUGAAAGACAUUCUAGAGGAGACGCCAGCGAUUCCCGCGGCCAGAUGUGUUCUGCAAGAUCAGCCGCAUGUUAUUGACGAGGCGGUCGCAGAGCACAAGGAUUCCGCUGUUUUGGGACCAGUAAGAAUGGUUGGGUCCAGCAUUUUCGGGGAACAACCUACCAAAGGUGCCCUCGUGUACUAUAUACGUCGCGUUCUGAACGACUGGUCCGACCACGAAGCCCUUCAGAUCCUGAAGAACGUGCGUGCGGCUUGCGCGGAAGAUUCGCGCGUGCUGAUCGCGGAGUAUUUGCGUCCCGAACAGCCCAGCGUGUAUACCAGCACCGUCGACAUGUUCAUCCUGAAUAUUGGCGGCAAGGUGCGCAGUGAGAAGACAUUUGGGGAGCUUGCGGCGAAGGCUGGGCUGGAGAUCGUGUCGGUGGCGAGGCAUGACAAAACAGAAUCGGCGGUGGUUGAGCUGGCACCAAUUUAG